UGGCGUGAACACAUCACCACCUGCACCGCCUUAAUGAAGUCAGCCGUUCGCAAGGCUUCGGUAGCGACGCUUCUGGCGUCAGAUAGCCGGAGCAGGGCGAGCAUGCUGCAGAUCUUCCAUGUCAUCGCGCUUGUGCUCUUCCGAACCAUCAGCGAAUCCCUGAGACUGUUCACCGCUCAUGCAAAUCCUUGA